AUGUCCACUCUCAUUAACUUGUGUAAAGCAUUUGCAGGCGAGUCUCAAGCAAGAAAUCGUUAUUUGAUCUAUUCAAAGGCUGCUGCCAAAGAAGGUCUUGAUGUGAUUGCCAAGCUCUUUGUAGAAACUGCUGAUCAAGAAGGUACCCACGCCAGACUUCUUUUUGAGAUGAUUCAAUCCCUUAAGAAGGAAGGCCAAGAGACCCCGAAAAUUGAGGCUGAAGUUCCAAUAGACUUUGGUGACACUGCAACCAACUUGAUGGCAGCAAUUGCAGGCGAGACUUAUGAACACACCAUUAUGUACCCAGAGUUCGCCAAAGUAGCCAAGGAAGAAGGACACACUCUUAUUGCUACUAAGCUCAACUUGAUCACUAGAGCUGAAGAAAACCAUCAUGCUAGAUACCAAAAGAUUCUUGACGAAUUGAAAGCCAACAACCUUUACAAGAAAGACUCGAAAGUUUUCUGGGUUUGCAGAGAGUGUGGUUUCAUUUUCGAGGGAACUCAAGCUCCAAAGAAUUGCCCACUCUGUGGUAUGCCGGGUGAUUAUUUCAGAAUCAAAGUAGACAUCUAA